AAACACUGUAUAAACCGCCGGCUCUUAACUUCCUUUAACACGAGUCACGAGUCUGAAGGAUGAGGUUCUGCAGAGGGUAUGGAGAGAAGUAAUUAAUGUGAGCUGGACUGCUGUGAUAGUACUCAGACAUCUUACACAUCAGAAUAAUCAAUAAACAUGGACAAAUAACUUUUUAUUUUGUAGUACUCCAGUUUAAUACACAUUAAAAACGGAUUUGGAUUCUACUGCUUGGUAGGGGCCACUCUUACUUCUACUUGAGGCAUAAUCACUAAAUUUUAAGUGUCAAGUUUUUUUUAUCACUUUCCCCUCUUUUCUGGAUAUCAUAUAUUGGAUAUAACGUUAAGACAGUUAUGUUGGAGGCCAUUUUCAGAACCCCUCCUCUCACAGCUUUAGGAGUUCUGCUGCUCCUAAGCUCGCUGCUGAACCUCUGUUCUGGAGAUGUUGGGGAUUUCUCGCCAUGCUUGAACUACUUUCACCGGGCUUGGCCACUAAAAGGCCUACAGGGCACUCCAAUCUGCCAGCGCUUCGAUAACCGGUAUCAUUUCGCCACGCUGUACAGCCGAGACCGCCGCACGCCACUGUUCUCAGCCUACAUCUACAACCCACCUCAGGGCAAGAGACCUAAAGGAAACUGGAAGUAUGAACCUCAGCUGGCCAAUUCCAAAGCCGAUGGUAACAUGGUACCAUUCCCCAUACCGCCGGCGAAAGUGGACCAGAACGUGGUGGAGAGCCAGGCUGUUCAGGAAGACUACAUCAACUCCAGCUACACCCGCGGCCACCUGAACCCCAGCCAGCACCACACUGACCCCACUGACCGCUACGCCACCUUCACCCUCACCAACGUGGUCCCGCAAAAGGCUGGCUCCAACGACGGACCCUGGGCCAAAUUGGAAGGUAGCGUCAGCCAGAGACUCCAGGCGUACUGUCUGGGGGAGGCACAUGUGGUGACUGGGAUCAUCCCGUAUGAGAAAGACCGAUGGCUGAAGGAUAAGGGCAGAGUCGCUAUCCCAGAGUACCUGUGGUCGGCAUACUGCUGCCAGAACUUCAGCCAGAACCUUCCGAAAAGCCUGAUCGACACGUUUCCCUCAUACGCAGCCAUCGGACGGAAUGAUCCGAAUAGCACUGAGGAGAUUGUGCCGGUGAAUCCAAAACGGAAAAAGGCUUUCCUGGGCUACGAUGUCCGGCCUAUGCCUCUCCCCACUCUGGAGACCUACCUGAAGCAGCGCUACGGAACACCCAUCAGUGUCUUCUAUGAACAGUGCUCAGGGUCGUGACCUUUGGACCGUAUAAAGAAUGUCUAAGGCAGGGCUGUUUGGAAGGCUGGUGAAAUUGCAGGGUUUAAUUGUAACUAAGACGGAUGAAUAAUGUGAGUAAUAAUGUGAAUAAUAAUAAUGAAUCAAAAAAAUAUUGGAGCCUCAUUGGGAGUAAAGUAACAAGGCCAAGCCAUAUGCUGCGUCUCAUUUACACGCCUAGUUUUAAAUACUGUUUCUUUUUUUUUCGGACUAUACGGUGCACCUAAAAUUCUUUAACUUUACCAAACAUUAUCAGUGUGCCUUACAAUCCAGUGUGCCUUAUGUUUGAAUUCUACUCCGCUGCUAACUGGGGCUGGCUAGCACUGCUAACUGCAGCUGGCUAUGCUGCUAACUGUGGCUAGCUCUCACCCUAGGACAAAAUACUGGAGUUCUCAGCUUACUGUGAAUAAACGGAAGUGCUUUACUCACCUAAAUGAAUGGUUUUCAGGAGAGAAUUCUGUCUAGAUUAACAUUCAGCGCUCAUUUGACUUUAAAAGAAAAUGUUUUUGUUUUUUUCAAGAAUUACAGUUUUGAUUACCUAGGCAUUUCCCCCAGCUUCACCAUUAGAAGAGAAAGAUGGCGACACCCUUGCUCACUUCAAUAUAGGCAUCCUUACUAGCAUCACUUAAUGCGCCUUAUAAUCUGGUGCACCUUGUGUAUGAAAAUAGAUCAGAAAAUAGACAUUCAUUGAUACUGCGUUUUUUUAAUCUGGUGCACUUUAUAAUCCGGUGCGUUUUAUAUUGUGUAAAAUGCAGUAGGAUU